CCCGUCCAUGAACAGCUCUAACUUGCACCAUGAAUUUUUAUAUAUUUUUAUUCCAUUUAUAUUCCUUUGAGGGGUCAGUCCAUUAUUUAAGUUACCAGUCACCACAAGAUCUUAGACACUUUAUGGUUCUUGAUUUCGGCUAAUUCUUGCCUCUUCUAUAUCUUGAAUGUGUUCACUUAUAUAAAUGGUGAGUCAAAUAUUGCUGCAUUUUGACUUUUAAGAAUUUGACAUGUUACAGUUUUUGUUUAUUUAUUUAGUUAGCAUACAAUGGUGGUAAAGUAGACAGACAAAUGUAUAUCUUUCAACUUUGUAAUCUAAAGAAUUCAAGUUCCAUUCCAAAAGGUGCUGUCCAAUCUCUUCAAUAAUUUGAGAUAUGGUAUACAUUUCAUAACCCCAAUUCUCAAAUCAUUAUAAAUUUUUUACUUGACAUAGAAUUGUACUAUAUAUUCUUUCAUUUCUUAGCCAAUUCUACAUAAUUCUUUAUAAGUUAUCAUUGCCAAUUCUAUUAAUUAUCUGUUAAGCAAGGAUUCAGUAACCAUCACAGGAGGUGCUUGGAUCUAGAGAAAAUAGUAAGUCUAUGUGAAUGACUUUGUUAGGAAAGAUAUGGAAGACCACCAGUCUCCGACGAAAAGAAGAUGGAAUGGAAAGUGGCAAAUACAUGGUUUUCAAAGGGAGCAUAGAUAACUUUAUACAGAAUGGAGCAUUGGUAUUAGAGGAAAGUAUUUCCUUGUUUCAUGGUAGAGGAAACCCCAUCCGCUACUUCUCAGUAGAUGAGCUCAACUCUAUGAAUUUGGAACAACACUCGAUGUCCUUCAAGGAAUGGGAUGUUAAAUGGUAUAAAGGUUUUUGGGAUGGAAGAUGUGUUUUGGUGAAGGAGCAAUCUGAAAAAUAUGAUGCUAAUCUUAACUCUGGAACCUUUCGUGAAAUUGUGGUUGCUGCACAAAUGAGCGCGCAUAAGAAUGUGCACAAGCUUCUUGGCUGUUGUCUUGAGACCAAAUACACUGUCCUUGUUUUCGAGUGGGUAGAAAAUGAUACUCUUCAUGAUAUAAUAUUCAGAGAUAAGAAUCAUGAUAAACCACCACUUGGUUGGAGGGAGAGGCUACGAAUAUCAUGGGAGAUCUCUCAUGCUAUGGCAUAUCUUCACGCUGCUUUUCACCGGCCUAUUAUCCAUAGGAGCUUAAAACCUCGAAAUGUGUACUUGGGUGAGGAUAAUGCUGCUAAACUUUCUGACUUCAGUCUUUCCAUUUCUGUUCCUGAGGGUGAAGAGUACGUUGAAGAUAUUAUAGUUGGGACAUAUGGUUAUCUUGCACCUGAAUAUGGUUACUAUAAUAGGGUGUCAGAGAGUGUAGAUGUGUAUGCAUUUGGCGUGUUUUUUCUCGUGCUCUUGACAGGAAAAGAUGCUGUGCUAAUAAGGCCAGACAAGUCGCUAGGGGACAAUGGUGUGCAUACUCAUAUAGUUGAAUGGGUUAAGAAUGGUCUUGGACAAAACAGCAUCUCUGAGAUCAUUGACCCUGUUAUUGGUGGAAAUAAAUUGUCAACCAAUGAAGAGCUUAAAGAGCAACUAAGAGCUUCAGUAGAGCUUGCACUUCGGUGCACAGAAACAGAAGAACAUGCCAGGCCGACUAUGGUGGAUGUGGCAACUGAACUCAACAGCAUGAUCAAAUCCUCUGAAUCUUUCCCUGAGUGUAGCAGCGGACCUUGAAAUAUUAAUGGUUGUCUCUAUCUUUCACAGUACAGCAUUCUGCAAGCUGCUCAGAGAUUUAGAGAAUCUGCAAACUGUAGGAUGUGAUGCUGAAUUGUUCGUCGUUGGAUUUCCAUUAUCUACAAUAUCCGUAAGUGGUAUUUAGAAGUUCAUAAUUGUAUAAUCCUUCAGAACUUAACGGGUUUCUUAACAAUUUUUGCCUGUUAAUAAAUCUUCCAAAUAGGUUGUUGCAAUCUUGCUGUGCAACUCUAUGUUAUAUCAUCAAACAGAAAACUAUGACAUGAAAUAGGACACUUUUUUUCAGGUAUAUCAUCAGUUUUUGGUGUUUCAUUGAAUUUUCUUAUUCAGUUGG